CUCUCUGCCAGCGACCAAAUCGAAGCUUGAGAACAAGAAGGCGUCGAAAAUGGUUUUUCUUAGCACGUUGGUAAAAACAGCUUACUCGUUGAACAGCUUCGUCUUUGAGGCGGAAGACAUUACAUUCGGUUCGCCUUGGUGGUUCGUGGUCGUCGGCGUGGCGUGUCUCCUCGUUCUCUUCGCUGGGAUAAUGUCUGGACUCACACUCGGACUAAUGUCUCUUGGCCUCGUCGAGCUCGAGAUUCUCCAGCAGAGUGGCUCCUCCGCCGAGAAAAAGCAGGCCGCUGCUAUCUUACCAGUGGUGAAGAAGCAGCAUCAACUUCUUGUGACUCUGCUUCUAUGCAAUGCAGCUGCCAUGGAGGCCCUUCCUAUAUGUUUGGAUAAGAUAUUUCACCCUUUUGUGGCUGUUUUGCUUUCGGUUACUUUUGUUCUUGCUUUUGGAGAGAUCAUUCCGCAAGCUAUAUGCUCGAGAUAUGGACUUGCUGUUGGUGCUAAUUUUUUGUGGCUGGUUCGCAUUUUGAUGAUAAUCUGCUAUCCCAUUGCGUACCCUAUUGGAAAGGUUCUUGAUGCGGUGAUUGGGCAUAACAACACACUGUUUAGACGAGCUCAGCUGAAAGCUCUUGUCUCAAUUCACAGCCAAGAGGCUGGUAAGGGAGGUGAAUUGACACACGAGGAAACAAUGAUUAUAAGUGGAGCCCUGGAUUUAAGCGAGAAGACGGCUGAGGAGGCUAUGACGCCAAUUGAAUCAACGUUUUCCUUGGAUGUAACUACAAAGUUAGACUGGGAAACAAUUGGGAAAAUACUGUCGAAAGGUCAUAGUCGAAUCCCAGUCUACUUAGGGAAUCCAAAAAACAUCAUUGGGCUUCUACUGGUGAAGAGUCUUCUAACUGCAAGAGCAGAAGCAGAGACACCCAUAAGUUCUAUUUCCAUCAGGAAGAUCCCAAGGGUUCCAUCAGACAUGCCAUUGUAUGAUAUCCUCAACGAGUUUCAAAAGGGAAGCAGUCACAUGGCUGCCGUUGUCAAAGUCAAAGACAAAGACAAAAGGAAGAAUAUGCAGUUGCCGAGUCACGAGGAAACACCCAAAGAAAAUAUGAACAUAUUAUAUUCGUGUCAUCCUCAAUUGACAGCUCCUUUGAUCAAGCAUGUUGGUGAAAGGCAUGAUGUUGUUGUUGUUGAUAUUGAUAAAGUACCAAAGCAUGUGGAAAAUAAGGGAAUAAAUUUCAAACGAAACGGUAUUGUGACAAGGGACUUGCCGCGUAUGCUGGAAGAUAACGAGGAUGAAGAAGUUAUUGGCAUCAUCACGUUAGAAGAUGUCUUUGAAGAACUUCUGCAAGCAGAAAUAGUGGAUGAAACCGACGUUUACAUUGAUGUACAUAAAAGAGUACGAGUGGCGGCCGCAGCAGCAGCUGUAUCAUCCAUAGCACGUGCUUCGCCAUUGGAGUAUCAUCAAAGCAAGGGAGGAGUAACGGUGAAGAAGCUUGUGGGGAAAGAAGGAAGAAGUACGAAGAAUAAUUACACAACAAAAAUCACGGAGCCUCUUUUAUCAGGAAUCUGAUAGAUAAAAUUUUGUUUUAUACCCCUCUUGUGUUAAUUAUUUCAAGGCUUAAAGCUCAGUGUCCUCUCAUUAAUCCUGUAUCACAUCUCUUAAACACGUACAUU